AUGAAUAAUAAGGAAGAAAUUGUUCUUGGAUAUUUAGAACAAGCAGAUGAUAUCCUAAAUGUAGAUGAUGAAUUGCCUUCCUAUGCAAAUGGAUUGCCUUAUUUCUUAGAGAAUGAAGAUAAGUUCGAAUCAAUUAAAUGUUAAUAAUGCAGUAAUCAAAUGAAAAUGUUGCUUUAAAUAUAUGCUCCUUUGAAUAACAAGCAUGCCUCUUUUAGAGAGAUCUAUGUGUUUCUUUGCUUAAAUGAACAAUGUUCUAAACACAAUAGCAGUGUUAGAGUUUUUAGAAUGCAAUCGUCAUAAAAACCUUAACUUUUAUAAUCCAAAAAUAAAGACUAUAUACUUUCUCCAUAAAACAAAUCAUUUAUAAUUGACACUGAGAUUAUAAGUGCUAAGGAGAACAAUAAUGAACUCUAAGUAGCUGAAGAACUGUUACCAACUAAUUUAGAUGAUGAGGACAAGGAUGUAGAUUUGAAGAAUGUGAAAUUCGAUAAUGAAAAUAAAAUCUAUGACAAUUAUUUAAAGAGUACUGAAGAGAAAGAAAAUAUUGAAGACAUAGAUGGAUUGGAGAAUGAUUAGCAAAACAAUAUUGAUGGUUGUUUUCUGAUUUACUAACAUUUUCUGACCUAAUAUUAGAAUCAUGUCGUCAGAUAUUGUUUUGAUUCUCAAAGUAAACCACUCUGGUUUAGUGAUAAAAAACAGCCUUAGAUUGAGUCCAAAUGUCCACAUUGCAAAAAGAAUAAGAUUUUCGAAUUCUAAAUUAAUAAUUCAAUUCUUACUUACUUCCCUGAAUUGUACAAUCUAGAAUGGGGUUCUUUAUACAUCUACAGUUGUCCUUCUAGUUGUUCUGUUGGUGGUUAAAUACUAGUUGAGGAGACAGUCUAUGCUCAUUCAGAUGAGUAAGAAUUUAUUAGUCCAAAUCUAAAAGUGGAUCCAAAUACCAAACUAGUCACCAUCAAAUAGGAUACAAAUAAAUCAAAUAAAUAAAAACAAUAAAUUUAAUAGCAAUAACAAUAACAAAUUCAGUAAAAGAUUGAUGAACAAGAUGAAGAAGAUGAUUGGUGA